CAGCAAAUGCGUUGUCCGUGAGGCUGAAGAUUGAUACAGCUGAAUAGGUAACCAGCUCUAACUCUUCUCUUUUUGAAAAAACACCAAAUAAAAUCCUUCUCAAAAUGGAAGUUCUUGGUGCAAUUGUCGGUUGCACUUCCCUAGCCCUUGAUAUCUUCAACUUCGCGACAGCCGAGCUUGAGGGACGUGGCACAGACACCGUGGUUCUCUCACUGAAGCACGAUGUAGCUCUUCUGCGCGACUUUGCACGCAUCUUUAACGCUGCAGCUCAAUCUAAACAGAUCCCCCAAACGGACAAGUUUCUCUUAAACGAGAUAUGUCUUGCACUCCAGCCCAGCCUUGCUCGCAUCCACUCCACCAUAGUUCGUCGCAAGAUGGCAGCGCUUACAGCAUCACCUGCAAGGAAGGCUGUCGAUAAAGUUCAUGGGUUCCUGUACGGAAAGGCUGAGUUGCAAGGUAUAAGCAAUGACCUAUUUCAUUGGACUGAACGAUAUCAUGUUCGAUUCGGUCUGCUUCCUGUUCCUCUGCAAACUCGACUGCUUGCGCAAGAGGUCGACGAGAACUCGCCCGGUGACAUACAGGCACUACGUGAGACAUACAUGCGUUUGACUACUCGGAGUCAGAGUGCUAUUGGAGAUGGACUACAGAAGACAGAGCAAAUGAUCACACUUCGCCCAGGGAAAGCAUCUUCGCGUAUGUUCGCGACUAUGAAUCAAAAGACGGUCAUAGUCGAGUUCAAAGCACACAAAGUCACUCUUGCAGGAAACGAUCUGAAAGAAUUUGAAGCAGAUGUGGCAUCCCUGGCAAAACUGCUCAGUGGAACUGAUCCACUCCUUUGCAGGACUCUCAAAGGAGAAGGAUACUUUCAUCAACAAGCCCGCAGUGCUUUCGCUUUUAUCUAUCAACUUCCUCGGACAGUGGAAGUGGCAGACGACAUGACGAGUCCAUCAACGCUUCUCGAUCUCAUCAAGUCAACUCGACCAGUGGCCAACAAGCCGGGGCAGGUCGAGCUGAUUCCAGCCAAACAUGCGCUUGAACAGCGCUUUGAGCUUGCGAGGAAGAUCACGUCUGCUGUUAUGUAUGUUCAUGUGACGCAGUACGUGCAUAAAUCAAUCCGAACAUCCAAUAUCGUCAUAUUUCCCAAGAAGGGGUCGUCAGCAGCGAAUACAGACCAAUUCCCCAAAGUUCUUGGUGAGCCUUUUCUAUGUGGAUUUGAAACAGCCCGGCAUGACAAGGCAACAAGCGAUCAACAAGGUGAUGCACACUGGCUUUUCAACAUCUACCGGCAUCCAAAGCGUCAGGGUAUACAUCCGCAAGAACGGUAUACAAUGAAUCAUGAUCUGUACAGCCUCGGCGUUGUACUGCUUGAAUUGGGACUAUGGAGGCCGUUAACAUCCAUGGGACUCAAAGACCCGAAAGGUGUUAGUGGGAGUGUGAAAGAUCAUCUGAAGAAGCUGGCCAUGUCAGGGUUGCCAGUUGUGAUGGGAACGAAGUAUCGUGAUGUUGUCUUGUUUUGCCUGGACAUUGACGGUGAUGGUCAGAUUAGUAACUCGACUGCUGUAGAACAGGUCCUGAAGAAGAUUGAGGAGCUGGCUAUCGGUAUGCAAUAAACCAAUACGAUCCUUGAUAGCCUAAUUUCACUUCACACCGAUAUCAACAAACAGUACAUUUAAGCUUAAAAACUCUAACCUAUAUUAAUUUCUGGACCGGAAAUACGGG